GCGGCUCUUCGGGCGGGCGGUGAUGGGAUGUGCCCCAGCAGUUAAACGGCGACGUGGAAAGUUUGGUCUGAGCGCUUUAAGUUCUCAACCGAAGCUUUUAGUCCAGAUUCUCAACCCUUUCGGCUAAUACUUAAACCUGAAAAUGGUUCUGUAGCUCGACUAAGUCCGUAUAUUCAACCUACAGAGUGGGACACCCAGAACCUGCAGAACCGAGCAACAGCAACUCCGUACAGUGAAAGUAAUGGACGGAGCGGUGGCGGUUAUUUUAAUUUCUCUCGCAAUGUUCGUGGGAUGUUUUCUGCUCGGACUCAUUCCGGUGCUCUUCAACUUCUCCCAGCAGAAGCUACAGUUUGUGAGCGUGCUGGGGGCGGGGCUGCUGUGUGGCACCGCCCUCGCCAUCAUCAUCCCAGAGGGAGUGGAGUUGGUGGAGGAGUCAUGGAGAGAUUCGCUCUGCUCUGGUGUCACAGCCAGACUGAACAGCUCAGACUCCAACUCGACUCUUGAGCCGUCUGCGGCGACAGGACUGCGUCCACACGUCUUCAUAGGAGCAUCUCUUGUUCUGGGCUUCACUCUGAUGUUUGUGGUGGACCAGAUUGCCAAUUACUGUUCUGCACAAGUCUCACGACCAAGCAUAUAUAGCGGCAGCGGCAUCACAGCCACGCUGGGUCUCAUCAUCCAUGCUGCAGCUGACGGUGUCGCUCUUGGUGCAGCUGUGGCUUCUUCUGAAGUGUCAGUUCAGGUUAUUGUGUUCUUCGCUGUGAUUUUGCACAAGGCUCCGGCUGCAUUCGGUCUUGUCUCCUUCCUCUUACACGCCGGCUUGGAGAAGAGCACAAUUCAGAAGCAUUUACUGGCUUUCUCGGCUGCAGCUCCACUGCUGGCUGUUAGCACCUACUUCAUCCUGAGCAUGACAGGUGGGUCACCACAGCACCGCCUCAGCGCUACAGGGAUUGGGAUGCUGGUCUCCGCUGGAACAUUCCUCUAUGUGGCUACAGUGCAUGUAUUGCCAGAGAUUAACAGCAGGGGGCAGCAGAGGACCACCCAUUUCCACCACCAUGCAGGCUCAGGGCCCUAUCAGCAGGGGGCGAUGGGUGUCUUGGAAAGCAUCACCCUGAUCACAGGAGCUGCUCUACCUGUCCUUCUGGCUCUUGGGCUGCCUGAUGACUGAAUGACCCUCACAGACUGUUACGCCGCCAGAGAUGAUUAAUAGAAUUGUAAUAAUAGAACUGUAAACACACUUUAGGCUUUAUGGCUGUUUGUGAUUGAUUAUUCGUUUUUGUUUACGAUUAACGAGACUUCCCAGUCCUCAAACUUUUGUUUUUAAAUAAAUCAUCCCCUUGGAGUUAUAAGGUUCUGUCUAAGGUUCUGAGCAGCUUUGAGAUACUGAGCUUGAAAGAUUUUGCAUUCUGGACAGCAGAACUGAUCUGUGUCUUUCAUUCAUGACAGUAGCUACGUUCACAUUUACAGGGCUCACUGCUCAAAUCCGAUCGUUUAGGUAACGAUCACUCAUUUAGGUACGAGAUUCUAAUCUUUCAUUAAUGUGAUGAACCAGCCUGAAAUGAAAAAGGUGAGAUGAGCUGCUUUUCCACCAUUUACAGGCUUUAACUUCUGUUCAGCGCUGUUGCCAUGGUAACGCUAAAUGAUGGUCACACGCAGUUGGAAAAGCACAUGAAUUCCAAACUGAGCAUCACAUUAAGGUCACAUGACCAUAAAUCAGAUACGUAUCCGAUCUAGGACCACGUAUGAAAGUGGCUCAGGUCGGAUUUGUCGGAUUUUGGACAGAUCAGAUUUGUGUCCACACAGCCCUGAAAACAUCAGAUCUGAGUCACAUUAGGGCAAAAAAUCAGAUUUGUGACAAUUUAACCUGAUAAUGUGAUUGUAGCCAAUGACAGACACCCUAAAUGUGUUCUGAAUGUACAAAAUCAAAAUCCUGUCUGAGAGAACCUAAAAAAGUUUUUCAAGCAAUGUAUUUUGUUUUAAAGCGUAAGUGGUGAUGUGUAACAGUGUCUAUCAAAAGGUUCAAUUUAAUGCUUCCUAUGACAUUUUUAUGGCAUUUAUUUUUAUUAUUUAUUUUUAUGACUUUUUUUUCUCAUUUUAGGACAGGUCAUCUUUUCUUGUUGAAAAAAGUCCUGCAGAUUAUCGCUGCUGUCCGAACAAAACCUUGUAUCUCAACUUUUCAUUUUUUUACAUAAUUAAAAAAUACCAGUUGUCUGUUAUAUUGUGUGUAAAUGUUAUGAUAAGUGGACCAAAGGAAAACUUGGUUCCAUUGGCUUAAAUUUAAAGUAAAUCGUUUUUUUUCCUUCUCCUGUAAAGUUACUGUUUGGGAGACACAGGGUUUUGAUUGGCAGCUACAUAAAGGUGAAUGUUAAAUAUUGUGUCCAGAGCAGAGGUCAGUUUUAGGUAGAAACCAUUCAUUUAAGAGUAGCUGAGACAGCAACCAGCUUCUGUAAUAAACUGUCCCAGCAGGCCAGUCUAAAGGUGGUGUGAGGUCCAGUUUUGUUUUUGUAAGACGACAGGCAGAAAUUCAGCAACGUUUUCAUGCUUCAUAAAGCUUUAUAAAUUUUCCUGCUGUCACUGAGCAAAGCAGCGACAUGGCAAAGAAGCAGAACCUGAUUGGUCCUCUUGAGUGUGUUCAAAGUGCUGACCGGCUCACAGAUAGUACCUCAUAGAACCAAGUUAAGAGUUUGGACAUCUUGGAAACAUUUUGUUUUGUAGAUAUAAGAAGUCACAAAAUAAGAAUGUGGAAAAACUAAAUUUUGACAAAAAUGUCAGAACUUUAUAAUUCCAAGGGAACAAAAUAUAAUUUACAUGUGUGUAAGUUUAAAUGCAGGUAUUCAAGUCAUAUGCAGUAUGCAGUGCUCCCUGCAGGACAGUAAUAGCACAUUAACAGCUGUUUAUCUUUUCAGACCUCACAGAUCAAAUUCACUCACAUGUUCCAAACAAGUGAAUAAAAAGUUAUUCUGUGUGGCUCAGUCCACAAUCACAAA